GCCCAACAUUAGUAAGGGAAUCCAAAUCAAGCCCACACACUAUCUCAGUAUUCAAGCCUCUCCCUCUCUCCAUCUCCCCAAUGGCAAAGCUUGUCCCUCUUCUGCUUUUGGCACUCUUUUCCAUUUCCAUGGUUGCAACAAAGGUCAUGGCAAAAGAAGCCCAAUACCAUCUUGACAGUGGGUCGUAUGGUCCAGGGAGUCUCAAGAGCAACCAAUGCCCAUCACAAUGCACGAGGAGAUGUAGCAAGACGCAGUACCACAAACCAUGCAUGUUUUUCUGUCAAAAGUGCUGUGCCAAGUGCCUGUGUGUACCCCCUGGCUACUAUGGGAAUAAGGCAGUGUGCCCUUGCUACAACAACUGGAAGACCAAGGAGGGAGGACCCAAGUGCCCUUAGAUCAUUUCCCUCUCUGCUCUCUUAAUGCCCAUCCUUCUAAUCUACUACAGAUUUAGUACUGAUGUCAUUACAAAAGGAAUCAUCAUUUUCCCUAGAGGUGGAUUUUAAUCCAUAGUUCCAUCAGGUUUAGGCAGUUCUACAUUCCUGGGAGAUGAGCAGCAUGACCGAAUUUAUUUCUUGUUAGGAGUAUUAUUCUAUCAGUUUGCAAUCUUAUGUAUGGCAAAUCAUAUGAAAUACUAUCAUGGUUUUUUUUUUCGGACUA